CGGCGGCUCCGCGCCGCUCCGCGGUGAGGCUCGGGCGGCCCGAGCCCGCAGGGGUGCUGGUGCCAGAAGAAAAGGAUGAUUGAUGGGGAACAGAGACCAGCCUAUAGACACUCACCCUCUUCCUUCGGAUACUGAUUUAUCAGUGUGUCCAGGCAUCCCCUGCGAGCCCUGAACACGGAGGAUCACUCAGGGUUAUCGGCAGUGUAGCCGAAGACCUGCAACUUCACAAAUUAUUACCUGCUGUUGGACAUCUUUUACAAGAAGCCCUGACAGAUAAGUUAUAAGAUGAAGGACAAGCACUGCAAGGCUGUGAAAGGCUGUCAUCAGGGCCUGGGUGGCUUCUACCAAAGUCUUUAACAUAGCGAAACAAACGUCCUAUCCGUUUGAGUUGGAACCUAUUUUAUAAAUAUAUAAAUGUAUAUGUACAUAUAAUCUCUAGACUGCACAUACGCCAGCACUGAGCACCCUUACGAAGCUGACAUAAAAGGAUUUAGAAAUGUAUUUGUCAAGAUUCCUGUCACUUCACGCCCUCUGGGUUACUGUGUCCUCCGUGAUGCAGCACUACCCUUCUGUGUGGGGACACUACGACGUGUGUAAGACUCAGAUUUACACGGAAGAAGGAAAAGUAUGGGAUUACAUGGCCUGCCAGCCAGAAGCCAGAGACAUGAUCAAAUACGUAAAAGUGACUCUGGAUCCCCCAGACAUAACAUGUGGAGAUCCUCCUGAGACUUUCUGUGCAAUGGGGAAUCCCUACAUGUGCAAUAAUGAAUGUGAUGCGAGUACCCAAGAACUGGCUCACCCUCCAGAACUGAUGUUUGAUCUGGAAGGAAGACAUCCCUCCACAUUUUGGCAGUCCACAACUUGGAAGGACUAUCCGAAGCCUCUUCACGUUAAUAUUACGCUCUCCUGGAACAAAACCAUUGAGCUUACAGAUAACAUAGUUAUCACCUUUGAAUCUGGCCGUCCAGACCAAAUGAUCCUGGAGAAAUCACUCGACUAUGGACGAACGUGGCAGCCCUACCAAUACUAUGCCACGGACUGCUUAGAUGCUUUUCACAUGGAUCCAAAAUCAGUGAGGGAUUUAUCACAGCACACAGUCCUAGAAAUCAUUUGCACGGAGGAAUACUCGACUGGGUACAUGACAAAUAGUAAAAUAAUCCACUUCGAAAUCAAAGAUAGAUUUGCUUUUUUUGCUGGACCUCGGCUUCAUAACAUGGCUUCUCUUUAUGGCCAGCUUGACACCACCAAGAAGUUAAGAGAUUUCUUUACCAUCACAGAUCUGAGGAUAAGACUGCUUAGGCCAGCAACUGGUGAAAUAUAUGUAGAUGAGCAACACCUGGCACGCUACUUUUAUGCAAUUUCAGACAUAAGGGUAUAUGGAAGGUGUAAGUGCAAUCUUCAUGCUACUGGCUGUAAAGAAGAAAACAAAAGACUACUUUGUGAAUGUGAGCAUAACACAACGGGCCCAGACUGUGGAAAAUGCAAGAAGAAUUAUCAGGGCCGACCAUGGAGCCCUGGUUCUUAUCUGCCUAUACCUAAGGGCACUGCUAAUAUCUGUAUACCCAGUAUUUCCAGUAUUGGUAAUCCUCCAAAGUUUGAUAGGAUAUGGCCGAAUAUUUCUUCCCUUGAGGUUUCUAAACCAAACCAAGUUGCUCCCAAAUUAGCUAUGUCAACUGUUUCUUCUGUUCAAGUUGCAAACCACAAGAGAGACUGCGAAUGCUUCGGGCACUCCAACCGGUGCAGUUACAUCGAGCUGCUCAAUACGGUCAUUUGCGUGAGCUGUAAGCACAACACUAGAGGUCAGCACUGCGAGUUAUGCAGGCUGGGCUACUUCAGAAAUGCUUCUGCAGAGCUGGACGAUGAAAAUGUGUGCAUAGACUGUUAUUGUAACCCUUUUGGUUCAGUCCAUGAUCGCUGUAAUGACAGAGGAUUUUGUGAGUGUAAGGAGGGAACAUCAGGGCCUAAAUGUGAUAAAUGUCUGCCGGGAUAUAUCUGGCACAGCUUGGGCUGUCAACCCAACGUGUGCGACAAUGAACUCCUGCACUGCCAGAACGGGGGAACCUGCAUCAACAACGUGCGCUGCCAGUGCCCGCCGGCCUACACGGGCAUCCUGUGCGAGAAGCUCAAGUGCGAGCGGGACCCGGGGGGCUGCAGCCAGAGCUCGGGCCGGGGGCCGCUGGCGCCGGGGCCCGGCCCGCUGCUGCUGCCGCUGCUGCCCGCGCUGCUGGCGGCCUGCGGCUGCUGA